UAACAGGUCGCGAGUGUAUUCGGACGGUGUCGUGUGGACGGUUCCGGUCGGGCAGCAUGCAGAAAGGCCUGAAGAAGUACUUCGUGAACAUGGAUGAGUUCCUGUCCAGUCUGGGACUCUACAGGAAGAUGGUGGCCCGGGACGCGUCCAGCCUCUUCCGGGCCGUGUCCGAACAGUUUGUUGAAGGUUCAUUUGAGAAGUAUCUGGAACGUCUGGAGGACCCAAAGGAGACGGUGGGUCAGGUGGAGAUCAAGGCCCUGUCGCAGCUCUGCAGGCGUUGCUUUGUGAUCUAUCGGUUUCCGGGGAAACCACCCACACUGAUCUCCGAUGAGGAUUUUGAUGACAAGGUGACGCUGUCUUGCUCCAUCAAUGGUCACUACGACAUUGUGUACCCUCGGAGUUACCCCGCCUCUGCAGCCCUGUGCCAGUCGCUGCUCUACGAGCUGCUCUACACGCAGGUCUUUGGACUGGAUGAGGCAGAACUCUGCCAGGCCAUGGAAGCCUUUCGGAUUGGAGGCCGUCGCUAUAGAAACAGCACAUCAGUGUGUAGCGACAUUGAUGCUGGUUACGACAUGCCAGAGGACCAUGGACUGAGGGAGGAGCAGGAGGUGGGUGGAGCUUCUGAGGACAAAUCCAGGGUGCUGACUGAUGACGGCAAGGUGUCAGCAGAGACCAUGCCCUCAUCCAGACUGUGCCUCCAGUACAAAGUGAUGAAGUCUCUGGACGGAGACGUUUACAGGAACCUGGAGUUUGACGUGUGGCAGGACACAUGUAAAGAGAUGCAGAAGACGGACUACAUGGUGUUUGCUGGCCGACAGUACUUCCUGGGAGACAAGUGUCAGGUGCGCUUGGAGCCAAAGGGGAAGUACUACAACGCCUUUAUCCAGGAAGUGGGAACACACUCGUCGGCUGUCACGGUCUUCAUCGAAGAGCUCGGAGAGAAGCACCUGGUUCCUCUGACGGACCUGAAGCCCGUGAACCCGGUCCCGGCGUGGAAUGUUGCUGCUCCGCCGCGUAAAGGAGACCUGGACACAGAGGGGCGUGGUCAGCGCCACCACCGCCAUCGCUACUUCAGGAAGUCUCGCGGGAAUGCCGGGGUGAAGGCAGCAGAGAUACUCAUGCCGCCGCCCUCGUCAUACAGCGGCUCUGCCCCUUCAGCCCUUCCACCCCGGUUUCAACCGGCAGGCCACACCCGCCCUCCCCUGUCACCAGGAUCUUUGACCUAUGACCCCUACACCCCUCCACAUCCUCACCACCCGAUAGCCAGGCCACCACGCUGCGGGGCGUCCAGAAGCUCUGCCCGCUUUCUGAACCGUCACCUGAUUGGACCCCAGCUGACGUAUUACCACCCGAGCCGGCGAUAUUGCCACGACUACGAGAACUAUGCCUUCCGCUCCCGCCGUAGUCGCCGGCAGCUCGUGGCAGCGCUCAACAAGGAAUGUCAGUUCGGGUUUCCGGUGGAUCCGGCGGAGGAGCCCACGGACCUGGACGGAGCCAUUGCCUACUACCAGCUGGACAACGCUAGCGAAGCGGUUUUCCCGCCGCUGCCGGGAGCUCCGCCUCCUCCGUCCCCCUCCUCCUACAGGGUGCAGCGAGGAUCGGGGCCCCUCUCACCGGUGCCACCUCCUGGAAACACGCCCUUGUGUUCCUCAGAGGAGGAGCCGGAGGACGUCAGCACUGUGGAGGACCCGGCCGAGUACUCUGAGGAAUACAUCUACACACCUCACGAUCAGAGCUACCAGACAUCGGGGGUGUAUUCUGCUGCCGAACCCCCCACCAACCAGGACCAACAAGAUGGAGACACAAGUGGUUCUCCACAAAGAGCCGACAACUAUGCUCAGCAGCUUGUGAAGCCGUUAGUGGUCGUUUGCUCCUCACCCUCCUCUGCCUCCUCCUCGCCCUCCUCUUCCUCACCUCGUGCACCUGGAGCCGCCGCUCACAGUCAGCCACGCCCAGUUGCCAUGGCAAUUCCAGCUGCUUCUCCCUGGAUGGUUAAUGAGUUGGGCGAGCCUCUCUGCACUGUGGUAACUCCGCCUCCUUACUCCUAUGACCCUAAUGGCAGUGACUUACCCAGAGAUUGUAGGGUUCUGCAGUACUACUUCAACCUCGGAGUCCAGUGGUACCACCAGAGCUGUUGGCAGCAGGUGUACCCUGUCCACCCUCCAGAGGCACCCUACCCCUACCAACACUACCCAUCCUACGUGAGCCAAGACCCCACCCUUCACGUUGCCCCUCCCUUGUACCCUGAGGCAGCUCGCGGCCCCCAUCAGACAACCUCUUCCUACCCAGAAUCCACCAGGGGAGCAGACGGACAGACAGAUGGACAUGGCCCCGUUACAUCACUGGAAGGCUCCUCUCCCACCUCAUCCAUCAGUUCUAUCCCUCCAGGCUCCGCCCCUUCAUCUGCACUCCUGUAUGCAGAGCAACAGCCCCUCCCACCUCCCUCAAUUGUGCACCUGCCUUACGAGACUCCGCCUCCUGCUGCCUACCUCUCCUCUGCCACACCCUCUUUUCCUAACCCUGCCCAUCCUCCACAUUACUCCCCCUAUCACCCCUGCCUCCCAGCCUCCAGCCACUGGGGGGCGCUCCAAACUGGAAGCCAGGGCCCUGGUCCCCACCCACGAGUGUACUGCCCCGCCCCCAACCCCACCCAUAUUGUCAGUUACAUCACAGCUCCGCCCACCCACCUUGCUACACACUAUAUACCACCUAGCGUGUAAGGAUGAAGCUAGGCGACAUGACUGGUCAGCAUGCUAACCGUGCUAACGGGUAGCUUAAUGUUUGAAGUACUAAAGUAACGAGCACGGGCUGGUGUCAACAUGGCUGCCUGUGAAAUCUGACAGGUUUGUUUGUAAAAGUCACUAAAGUUCAUUGGAUGAAGUCUGUCUCCGUGGGCGGAGCUAUGGUGUGGAUGUUUUUGUGUGUCUUUCAAAAUGGUGACGGUCCAUCGUGUUUUUGGGUGAAUAAAGUUUCUUUGAACAGCA